CCUACAGCCUAUGUUUACUUCCAAUGGGAAUGGCGUCACUCUGGUUCUCAGUGACUGUGUGUGUAGGCGUGUGUAUUGUGCGUUUACUGUGAUGGUGCUAUUCUGAGGAGCCUUUUCACCUGAUCUGACAGCCUAUCCAGCCAUCCAACAUGGCUACGACACAAGGGUAUCAGCAGGUGGUGUUGGUGCCGACGCCGGCACCUGCAGGUGAUGCUACUAACUGGAGGAGACGAGGAGUACAGGUCGGAGGUCUGAUGCUGGGACUGCCAUGCGCGAUCUGCCUCUCUGUGACUGGGUUUGUCUUCCUGGUCACAGGAAUUGGCAUACUCUCUUCUGAGUCAGAGUUUGAUGGUGACUUUUUCGAUGACCACGAUGAGCCUCUCACUAUCGUUGGGAUUGUUAUGAUGAUUAUAGGAGGUGUCUUCAUAGCUGCCUGUAUCUGGCUGUGUUAUGCAGCCCACCGUGCAUAUAAGAGUUACACAGCAGGCUCCGAAGGCCGGGUCAUCAGCACUACCCAAACAGUUUCUCCUCCACCUGGUUCAUACCCAGUGGCUUCUUCUAUCGCAUACCAGUAUCCUCCCGGCACACAGAUCACCACCUAUGCCACCACGGCAGCACCGCCUGCUGGCUAUGUUGCAAGCAGUCAGAUUGCCUCCUACCCAGCACCUGGCCAAUACCCAUCUGCAGCCCCAGGACAACCAGGUCUAUACCAGUUGCCAGCUGGAGGACAACAAGGCCCAUACCCAGUACAACCAGGCUCCUACCAAGCACAAGUAGCAGGGCAACCAGGGCAGUACCCACAACCUGUAGGAGCAUACCAGCCAACAGCUGCAGGCCUCUACCAAGGUCCCUACCCAGGACAGCAGCCAGCACCUCCCUAUCUGAGCCAGUAUGCCCCCGAGGCUCCAGGACUUCCACACAAGGGUGCAAUACCUGGCGAAGUGACACCAUCGGCGCCUCACGAUCCUUAUGAGAAACCCCCUCCAUAUGCUCCAUAAUUCCUCCUGUGCCAACCCGAUGCACAACCCCUCAGAAUUUAUAUGCUCUCAUGAUUGCAAGGUGCUGAAGCUCUCAGUUAUGUAUUAAUUGCUUUUGUUUGGUUUUUCAUGCCCGCUUCAAGUUCCAUGGAUAUGUUUUGAGGGAUAUUUUUUUUUAUUACUUCUCCCAAAGGAAUGUUUGUAAAAUGUAAAAUGUGAAUUUAAACGUGCUUACUGGAUGCCAAAUGUAUCAACUUGUACUCUGUUGCAACUUCGUGAAUAACUAAUAUCUAGAAUUGUGAUUUUUCUUUACUUUAAUAUAAGUUUUCUUGCUAGUGUGUUAGAAUUAGUAGAGCAAAUAUAGUAUGGAUAUAUGAACGUUUUUGUAAUUAGAUCUCAAAUUUAUCUUUACUAUAGUAUGAAGAGGCCAUCUUUCCCCACAUAGAAGUCUAUGAGGGUAAACAAUAAAUGUUAUUUGUUUUAUUGAUGUACUUGGAUGUAUAUAUUCCUAAAAACCAGUGAUGUAUAAUUUUGUCAUCUAAUGUUGCAAGUGUGUGAGAUCUCUCUUAAAAGGCAUACUGAGAAGUGUGAAAGGGUUUUUAAAGCAAGUUAGUAAAAAAAUUCUGUCUUAAAAAAUACAUUGUUAAUGAAUGAGAUGAUGUCAGUGGGUGGGUAAAGGCAAAUUGAAUUAUGAUGUAUGAAAAAAUAUUUGGGUUCUUUUUUCAGAUGAGGUCUAAUAUAUCAUUACAAAGAUGUCCGUGCCAGGUUUUAUAGGUUAGUUCCAUGAAGUAGUCAGACAAAUGUCACGAUAUUAUAAUAUACAAAUUUUUUUUUUUCAGUUUCUAAAUGUGCUUUACACUAAAUGUAUGUGCACAUGCACAUACACACAUGACACCAUGAGUAUAGCUCUCAUCUGGUAACUAUACUUGGAUUCACACACACAACCAUAGUUUGUGAAAAUACCAGUCUGAUGUAUUACUGUAUACAUAAGUGUGUGUUGUAAGAGCGUUUCAUUGAGAGACGUGCCACCACCAGUGAAUGAUAGAUGUAUCUUAAUGUUCACUAUCCACGUUCUUGGUACCUGUCCACUGUUGCAAUUUUUAAUCUAAGAAAAUAGCAAAAUGCUUAGAAAAUUCUGAAAAAUAUAUAUUGAAAAUUAAAGAUUUGUUAUUUUUAUUAUACGGAAGAUAAUGAUAUUUACAUUUAAUAUUCAUAAAGGAUUUUAGUUAUUUGUCAACUGUGGUUUUUUCUUUUGUGGGAAGCUACUGCAGUAUAUUUCUUUAAUAAAGUAUAUUUAUAAUAUAGUAUUAAAAUUCCAGAAAGAUUUAAAUUCAAUAACUUUUUAAUAUCUAAUUUGUUAUUAAAUCUUCUAAUCUGAUUUUAUUACUAUUGUUAGGAAAAAUAAUUUUUAUUGUAAUACAGUACAUUAUUGUAUUUUGAGAAUUACAAUGUCAUUUGGAUACUAUGAUCUUCAAUUCCAGUAGGUGAGAUAAGUGUUAUAAAAUGAGUACUGUAUGAUGUACUCUUGAUGGAUAAUGUUACCUAUAUGUUCAGUAUUUAUGAGGAAUAAAGAAAACCUCUGUUAUGUAAUCUAUAUAUAACUUUUUUUUGUUUCCAUAGAGUUAUGUUUUUUAAAUAAAUAUUAUUGUACUUCAUGUGCAAGGAUUUGACAAAACCCUAUCAGAGUUGUUCUCGACAUAACAUUUAAACAAUCAAAUCUAA